AUGAGAAUAACAUAUUCACAGGUAAGAAAAAUCACUAAUGCAGCUAUUGAACGGUAUAUUUCUCUCAAUAAGCACACGGCCGGUAGUACUGUCUUUCAGGGUACGUUGUAUGAAAAUAUAGCAAUGAGAGAAAUGAGUCAAAAACUUGGCAUGACAAAUCUCGAGAGAAUUGGAGGGGCCCAUGAUGGUGGCGUUGAUAUUACUGGAGAUUGGUCAGUUGUUCCCAUUUAUAAAAAAAUGGAACAGGUUUUAGGACCAUAUCGAGAUAAAAUUCCGAAAAGAUGUACUGUAAAUGGUGCCCGUCUAUCACCGAUUGCAAAUAAAAUUGAAUCAGGAAAUGAGGUCACAUCGCUAAGGGCCUUAGUCCAAUGCAAAGCUUUCACCUCGAGUAAAGUUACCCCCAAAGAAUUGAGGGAAUUGGUAGGGACAUUUGGGUCACUUGUUAAUAAUUCCGAACGUGAUAAGUUUGUUGUCAUUAUGUGUUCACCACAUCUUCUCACUAAGGACGGUUUAAAACUCAUAAAUGGACUUCGCAUUCCAUUGAUAUAUCUUAGGAUAGGAAUGUUGAGGUUAUUGCAAGGCCAAGAAAACUAUGAUUUUGAGAAUUCAGGUAAAUUAAUUAAUUAUUUCGAAAAUGAAUAUGCGAUGCAACUUUUGCAAGGAUGUCGUGUUAAUGAGUGGAUAGACUAUGAUAUUUACAAAAAUGUUGACCCAACUUGUAGCAAAUAA